CUUAGUUUUGUUCAUUGUUUUAUUUAAUUUGGUCAUUUCGUGUUCAUUUGAAAGUUACUGACUUUGAAGUAACCAACAUGUUUUUUUAUUGAUUAGGUUCAAGCUACCCAUGGUGCUGAUAAGAGGGUAUCUCUGAAUGCUGAAAUGUUUGUAACGAUUCAUUGUUAAUUGCACUAGAUAGAAUGUGUAACAUUACUUCAGGUUACACCUUCUUGUGUAGGCUUUUGACAUUGGAUGAACAUCUACUUUUGUUUUCCAGGCCUGUACCAGGUAUUCAUUUGGAAGUGGAAGAUAUGGACAAAAAUAUACUAGUAGGAACUGUUCAAUAUUUUAACUGUUUUCCUUUUUUAUAUACACCAGAAUUCAACAAAGAGCAGUAAAAUUUAAUGUAUUAUUAAGCUUUAAAAGAUGGAAAAUGACACAAGUGAAAUGUUCAACACAGAAGCUCUUAGCUUUGACAGUACAUUGGACAGUUUGAUGGAUGUAGAUUACAUACCAGAUGAAAAAGCCUUGCCAUUUAGUCCACCCACAUUUAGUGCCCCAUCUGAGGUCCUUAUGUCCGCCCAGAAUAAUUUGAGGGCAGACUUAGGUCACAUUGAUGGAGGUGCUGCAGAGACUUCUGAUGGAAGGACAAGUUUGGAGCUUGUAUUGGGAAAAGAUGAUAGUGAAACUAUGACUGUUGCCAAGGAUGAGGUUAAUGAGUGCAUUGAUACUGAGAUGAAUGUUGAUGAUGAUUUAAAUCAUAAAGUUACUCAAAAUAAAGAUUCUGCUAAAAAAGAGGAUGAAACCAUUCAAAUAAAUAUUGAGAUUAAAGAGAGAAUAGAAGAUGAAUCAAAUUUAAGGGAACCUAGUCCAAACUUUAAUGAAAUUAAAGCAAAGCGUAAGAAAAAUCUCGAAAGAAAAAUUCCCAAACCUAACAAUGAUGAUUCAUGUAGAAAAGAUUCAGAUGUAGAAAAUAAAGUUAGAAAAUGCCCCUUAAAGUUUAUAAACACUAAUACUCAAUCAGAUUUGAUGGAGAAAGAAAAUGAAGAAACAGUGAAAGAACCACCUCAUAAAAAAAUAAGAAUAUCAUCCGAAGAACCAAACAAUUGUGAGAAAUUUGAAGACAUUCAGAUUGAUCAAUGUAAAAAUGCUUCUGAUAAAGAUGGAAAAGUCAUUACGUUUGUAGAUGAACAUAAAAGUGGCUCAAUGGAAACCACAAAGGUCGAAAGUACACACAAGGAAGUAAGUAUGUCAGAUAAGGAGACAGUUGAAUCAAAAACAGAAGUAAUGGCUUUAAAUAAUGUUUCUGAAGCUGAGAGAAAGGUUUGCACUGGUGAAGGUUCAGAUAAACUCAUAGAAAUUAAUAUGGAAAAGGCUGAUUCACCUAUAGAAACAGGAGAUAUUCAAAAAAGAAUAGAGCAACCCAAUGAACAAAUUACAGAUGGGGUUCAGGAAAAGGAGUCUGAAAAUAAAAUUGCUGAAGGAACACCAGUCAAUUAUGCAACAGAAUCAGAGAAUGAAAUAGAGGACUUUGAUAAUGAAUCAAAUGUUUUAGACUUUGAAGAAGACAACUGUAAGGAAAGCAAUGAUGAAGAUGAAAAUGAUGAGGAUGAGAACAUUGAUGAUGAUGAUGAUGAGGUGGAAAAAGUUGAAGACCCUGGUGAGGAUGAUUAUGAUGACUUUGAUGAGGAAGAUGAAGAUGAUGUAGACGAUGAUGAAAUUCAUAACUGGCUGGAAGAAGGUCUUACAAAGGAAGAAAUAAAAGCAAAGAAAAAAGCAGAUUUGAAAGAUGGAGAGUUUAUUGCCAAUGAGAAGUUCAUCUUGGAAGAAAAGGGUAUUAACCCAUUCGAGGUGCUCCCUGCUGGAUGGAUAGUGAUUUCUCACAACUGUGGAAUGCCAGUCUAUCUUCACAAGGAAUCCAGAGUUUGUACAUUUGCCCGUCCAUACAAUAUAGGUGCAGGUAGUUCAAGGGGCCAUGAAAUUCCUUUAAGUGCAAUUCCAUGCUUGCAAUAUCGCCGUCAACUAGAAAAGGAGAAAAUAGAAGAGAAAGAGGCAGCAGAAAAGAUGACCAAUGGUGUAAAUAAAGAUGAAGGUGGAGAAACUUCUGAGAAAGAAAUAAUGCCGAAGCCUGUAAUCAAGAGGGCAGAUGAUGCUGAUAAGAUUAUCACCCUAGCUCCAAAAGAGUUAAACAAAUAUUGUAACGGGUUGUUCAACUUCCGAACAGUUACUGUAAAAAAAUUCAAGACUUGGCGAGAGAAAAGAGCACAUUUGGUUGAAGAGAGAAAGAAAAAAAUAGCUAACAUGCCAACUCUGGCACCUGACACAAAGCUGAUUACCUGUCCCAUUCCACCAGAAUUCCUCACCAAAAAAUCCAGGAAGAAAGAAUUUGUUUUGAAUCCGGAAGGUAAAACUGCUGUGAGUAUCCUACAUGAAUACACUCAAAAUGUGCUGCGAGUCCAACCUACAUAUGAAUUCAAAGAAAUGUCCAAUGCAGAUCUACCUUUCAAGGCAAUUGUGUGUUUAAAUGGUAUGCAAUAUGGGAGUGGAGUUGCUACAGGGAAAAGACAGGCCAAAAAUGAAGGAGCUAAAGCCACUUUAGAGAUUCUAGUACCAGAGUUGGCAGAGCUUUGGAGUGAGAAAAAUCCUGUUAGUAAACAAAAAAAUGAACUUAGUUCAGAUAUAAAGUUUUUUGAGCAAGUUGCCAUAGAAGACCCUCGUGUUCCAGAAUUGUGUGUAAAAUCCUCACUUCCUCAACCCUACCAGGUGCUCCACACAUGUCUUCAAAGAAACUACGGGCUGGGUGAUACAACAUUUAAAGUAGAGAAGAAGAUGAUAACUAAUCAAAAAACAGAAUUUACGCUAUCUGUAGGGAAACGGACCUGCACUGUGGUAUGUAAGAACAAGCGUGAAGCCAAACAGAAAGCAGCUCAGUCCAUGUUACAACAGUUACACCCUCUCCUCAAAAACUGGGCCUCAAUACUGCGUUUAUAUAGUAAAAAUACAGAGGUCGGAUUUGAAGAACAGAAAGAUGAAUUUCCUGAACAAAUUAUCCAGCAAGAGAAGAAAAAGAAUUUUGAAAUCCUCGGACAAUUAAAGGGUGCUAUGAGAAAAGUUAGAGAACAACGGAGAAACUUUGUAGAUGGUAGCCAGGUGUCCAGCUCUGGCCAGACUCCGGCAACAUUAGAUUUAUGAUGAAGGCCAGAGUAUUAGUCAUUAAUUAGUCAAUUAGUCCAUUCCAUAUGAUGGCCAUACUUUAUUUAAUUGUUGAAUAUCCAUUGUGUCAUUCCACUGUGUUUUGGAGAAAAUAUUGUUUGUUCCAGAAUGGUUAUUUGAAAAAAAUAUUGGCCCUGGACAAUAAACAUUUGAUAUAUUUAUACAAUAUAUUUAUACAGACAGUGCCAUUUGUCUAGGAUUGUCAAACAAUGUCCUGAAUCUAAUAUUGAGAACAUAACAGUUUCAUAUGUCAGUCUCAAAACUUUUCUGUACAGAAAACAUCAAAAACUUGAGAUUAAAGACUCGUACCAUUAUGGAUUCUUAGAUCGUUGAAGAAAAAGCUAUUAUGCUUUUAUGAUCGAGACGGCGUAUAUCCUAGUCUCCUUCAAAAACUUUAAUCUAGCCAAUUAUACAAACAUUUUAGAAAUUAUCUACAUGAAACUUAGAAUACUCGCUUAUGAAAAGGUGCAGUUGUUUAAACAAGGGGCAUAAAUCUAAAAGCUAUAAUUUGGAGUUAUACCCCUUUUUGACAUCAAAUUUUUGUCAAAAUUGGUUAUUGAUAGUCAUUGCCUGGACAGUGUAAACACCACUGCUGCUCUUGAUUUUUGUGGGAAUUCAUGUUUUUAUGUUGCUGGUUGUGAAAUACAAAAGAAUCUAUCCACAAAAUGUUCAUGUUUCACUUGCUACAUUAUAGUCAUACAUUUUAAAUAAAAUAGAAAUCUCAUUUGACAUGUUAUGUAUAUACAUAUAUGAAUAUGGUCAAACCAUUAUAUGAAUGAGUAUUUAUGUUUGAAUGGGUUUAUUUUGAAAUGGGUGAUAUGUUGAAUGGGGAAAUGGACAGCAUGUUCUUUGGUGAAAUUGUUGUAACUUAGUUACUGAAUUUGUUUUACACAUUUAUAUAUACAAGUAUUUAAGUGAUAGUUC